UAUUCAUUGUAUGCAAAGUUACCAAAACCAAAAUUUGCAUGAAAACUUAUUCAAAGUGCCCUGACGUUUGUAUAUAAGCUAGCAAACUAUAGCCCAACCAUCAUUGAAGUAAUCAUCUACUUGCAACAAUGGCAAAAAUCUUCUACGCCCUCGUUGUUCUGGCCGUGUGCCAAUACGCUGCUGCCACCGAAGAGACCGCAAAGGCAUCCGCCAUCAUCCACUCCAAUGCCCCUGCUUUCAUCUCCAACAUUCUGCACACCGUUGAGAAUGUAGCCCAGACUCUGCCCAGCGCUGACCGUAUUGACAAAUUGAUCCAACUCGUCCAAGAAGCUAUUGAAAGGAUCAUCCGUCAAGGUGGCCCACUCAAGGAAAUUGCCUUGAAAAUCCAGAAAUACGCCCAGUUCAUGACCAGGGAUGUCAUUGAAGCCAUGAUCGCCGCUGCCAAGGAAACCAUCGCCAAGGAUAUGGCUACCCCUGAAGCAGCCAGCAUCAUCCAGGCCGCUAAUGGUAUUGCUGCCGAAGUGACCGAGAGCGUGCAGCAAGUUGCUGAUGUCGCCCAGGAAGUGGUCGACACCGCUGCUGUCAUCUCCGAAGCUAUUUAAGUUCUUCGUUUUUAAAUAUAAAUUCAAUUGUUCAUAAAAUAAAGAAAUAAACAUCUAAAUAUGUA